AUGGUUCGCACUGCUGGUGUGGUUGCGGGUGCCGCCCUCGUCGGUUUGCUGGACGUCGCGUCCGUUGCCGGCGAAGAAUUCCAAGUUAUUGCGCCGUCUGAAGGGAUGACCGUCAUCUCAAGCAGGACGUAUACGGUGGAAUGGACCAAUAACGUCCCCAACAGCUUUGUCGAGAUCGAUCUAUGCUACUGCGGCUCCAGCUGCAAAGAGGGCGAGUGUGGUCAGUGGAUCACCUCGCUUUGCCCGUACGGGGAGGACGGGUGCCACGACAUCGAAGGAGAUUACGACGUCGUCAUGCCGGAGCCAAUGGCCGGGACCUCCGGAGGAGCUUACAAGGGGUUGACUUUCAUUUCGCCGGAGACGGGAGACUUGGCUUACGUGGGCCAAGAAUAUACCGUGCAGUUUGACUACUUCAGCGAGGUCGACUCGAGGGUAGGCCGGUUCAACAUAGAGCUCUACGAGGACAACGGGCUGGGUGGAUGCAAUGGGGAGUUCGUGUCUACACUUUGCGACAAGCCCGACAUCGGCUGCAAGGAUUCACAGGGAGACUACGACAUCAUCAUGGCCGAUGUCCCCACCGGCGAGUGCAAGAUCCAUAUCAGCAGGUUCGAGGAUACCGCCACUUACGGCUGCUCCGGCAUCUUCUUCGUCGUGUCGGACGACGGAGACAGCGAGGACGACGACAUGGACUCGGAUGAUGACAUCGCGUUUUCCUUCGACUUCAGCGACUUGACGGAUGACAUACAGGACAGUUUCUUGGACACGGCCGACGACGUCGAGUUUGACGACAGAGACGGCGAGGACGACGACGUGGACUCGGAUGACGACUUCGGCGACUUGACGGAUGACGUACACGACAGUUCCUUGGACACGGCCGAUGACAUCGAGCGGGACUACUCGUACCGUUUUUGA